AUGAAAAUGGCACCCUCUUUAGUGAGAUUAUAUGAGCAAAUGCCCGAACCAAAAUAUGUUAUUGCUAUGGGAGCCUGUUGUCCACCUAAACUGGAAGUAGUUAUAGAUGCUAUAACAAAACUUCGUAAGAAAAUAUCUCGAGAAAUCUAUGAAGAUAGAUUUAGGUCUCAACAAGCAAAUCAGUGUUUUACUACCAAUCACAAGUUUCAUGUUGGACGCAGUAUGAAUACUAGAAAUUAUGAUCAAGAAUUCCUUUAUCAACCGCUCUCUACUUAA